CAUCCCCAUCUCCCUUACCUCCCUCUCUCCUCUUUCCCCCUUCCCAUUUCCAUGGAGUCGUGCAGCUUCCGCACCGCCACCUCUCCUUCGCCGUUCUCCUCGGCCCCGUCGUCCUCCUCCUCCCCUCGUGCGCCAUGCCCCCAUCUCCGAUUCCCGAGAGAAAGAAAUGGGAGGCAGAUGCGGAUGCGGAGGAGGGCGUCGGGAUUUGAUGCCUUCCCGCCCCUCCCAGGCAAGGUCUUCGUCGAGGAGACAAUUGGAGCUGAAUAUGGGGAAGGCUUUGAGACAUUUAGGAUGGACGGACCACUCAAUAUCGAUGUGGAUUAUUUGAACGAAAAACUGCAAGAAUGCUUCCUUCAAAGGAUAAGGCAUGCUAUGAAGCCAGAUGAAGCAUUUGGGCUAAUUUUCUCAUGGGACAAUGUUAUUGCUGACACGGACUCACUAAAGUUGGAUGCUUGGAGACAGCUUGCUUUGGAAGAAGGGAAGGACAUCCCUACUGCUGCUCACAUCCAAAGGAGUAUUCUUCAUGGUGCUGCUGACCAUGUCCUUAGAAAGGUUUUGUAUUGGGCAAAAGAGGAUGAUCAAAUGGAUAGACUGAAGGCACGUCUUAUAGAGCUGUACUAUGAAAGUCUCUUCAAACUUGAUACACCAGUAGAAGGAUUGAGAGAAUGGUUGGAUGCAGUUCGGACAGCAGGUAUACCAUGCGCUGUGGCAUCGUCCCUGGAUAGGAGAUGCAUGGUUGAAGCUUUGGAUAGGAUGUCACUAAGCAAAUACUUCAAGGCGAUAGUGACCGAUGAGGAUGAUAUGGAGUCAAUAGCACAUAGAUUUCUUUCAGCUGCUGUGAAGUUAGAUCGGAAGCCCUCGAAAUGCAUAGUGUUUGAGGAUGACCCCAGAGGCGUUACAGCUGCUCACAACUGCACUAUGAUGGCAGUUUCAUUGAUUGGUGCUCAUCCUGCGUAUGAGCUGGAGCAAGCAGACCUUGCCGUCGCGAAAUACAACGACCUCUCGGUGAUCAACCUGAGAAGGCUGUUUGCACACAAGGGGAUAAGCUUCAUGGACAUGCAGAAGCAGAUAAUCGAGAGGUCACCUCCCAAGAGGAAGCUGACCGUGGACACCAUCUUCUGAUUUACUCUUCUGCUCCGUUCUCCUCUCAGUUGGUUCUUGGAUCGCCAGCCAGACGUCUGGUUGUUGCUCAGUGUAUAUAGUUGCAUGUGAGUUAGGUAAGAUAGCAUUGAUCUUAGCUGAUCCUGUUGUGUUAUGCUCGUUCAGAGAUCUCUGAAUGUAGUAGUAGUUUGUAUCGAAAUUACUGGAAGAAAUGUACCGCUGUUACAACCGGUGCUAUUGGUGCUGUAAGCUAGUGGCGUUAUCGAAUGUAUUCAAGGGCUGAAGCUACAUGAUAAUGGCUACUACACAUUGUUUUGUUU